CCUGCCUCCCAUGUUAAAUAUCAUCUGCCAUACUUUACCCCAGAAGAGGUUGAACGCAUGUCAGAACGCCAAAGGGGCAAGCUCUCUAUGACACAGGAGGAGAAGCAGCGGCAACAAGCCUGCGGGUUUAUAGAAGCUGUAGGGUCCAAGAUUGGCUUCCCCAGAAAGACAAUCGCCACCGGGCAGAACCUCUAUCACCGCUUUCAUCUCUUCUUCCCGCGGAAGGAUUUCAACUACCACGACGUUUCGUUAGCUGCUCUGUACGUUUCCACCAAGAUGCACGACACCCUAAAGAAACCGCGCGAAAUUCUUAUGGUAUCCUACGCCGUGCGUUUCCCUGAGCUGGCAGCGAAGUCAAAAUCCAUUGCCGGGGAAGUCGACAUGGAUCCACAAACGGUUGAGCAGGAUCGAGGACGUCUUCUGGCCGUGGAGCGGCUGAUCCUUGAGACAGUCUCCUUCAACUUUACGUCCAGGAUGCCCUUCCCCUACAUCAUAAAGAUGAGUCGCGCGCUCGGAGUGCCCAAGAAGUUGUCUAAGCUUGCCUGGCGUCUUACCAUUGACAGCUUUCGAACUCUUGUCAACUUGUCAUACCCAUCUCACGUUGUUGCUCUUGCUUGCGUAUACCUCUCGUCACUGCUGUCAUCAUUCGAGCAAGCACCAAUUCCCGUGCAGCCCGGGUACCACACAGCACAUGAACUUGCGGAAACGCUGGGAAGACGCGGGGAAUGGGAGACAAAGUUUCAUUGUCAAGUAGAGGAUCUUGAGGAGAUUGCGCACUCAAUAAUUGAUCUGCUGAUGCAAGGCGGGCAGAACUCCACCGCCAAUACCUCUCCGAGUACACCAUCUUCACCGCACCCUUUGCGCACUCCACAUUCGUCCACGGCGCAUUCGCUACCACAGACGGUGCCGUACAAGUCAGAUCAGCUCAUGCGGCUGAAGAUCGCCAUGCGCGAAGUGGAACACCCGCCGCGACCGAGAGAUCCCCUGUGGCUGGGCGAAAUGCAAGCAGAGGAGGACGCGAUGAUGCUGGGAAGGAAUGAGGGGACUGUCCGAUUUUUGUUUGCGCCUCCAAUGUAUUUGGGCGAACAUUAGCCCGUUGUAUGCGCGUGAUCGAAUAAUAUCG